AGUGAUCCAGAAAUGGUCGCACCGUUUAGUGAAUUGUGGGCCGAAAAGAGUUGUUUAACUCAAGAGUUAAGAGCUCUGAACGCAAGCAAUGGAUACGAAGCGAUGGCAUUGAAAGCACAGCUCAAGUCAGCCAUGGAUUCAAUGCAGACAAUGACUGAAGAAAUCAAUGAAUUGAGAGAAAUGUUUUUGAUCUUUGAUAACAGGGAUUCAAUGAGUGAUUCGUCGUCCAGUUCUUCAUCGAUCGGAUCCCACAAUGAAAUGACCACUAAUUCACACAAAACCAGAGAUGAGAUCAAUAUUAGGGAUAUGUUUAAGAAAAUUGAGAAUCAAAUCAAAACUCAAUACCAAAUGACAUACACUUUAUUGGAGGCUUUGGUUAUAGAGAAUGAGUUAUCGUUGACAGCACUCCAAGACGUCAGACAAUUGGCCGAAGACUCGGAAGACAGCGGAUCCAUAGUUUUUAUUGGCUAA